AUGUUUGUGUGUCAGGAGGAAGAAGAUCUGCUGGGAGGAAGAGGGGGAGGGAGAGGAGGUGGAAGAAAAGGCGUAAGAGGAGGAAGUACAAGAGGAGGAAGAAGGAGGAAGUACAGGAGGAGGAGAAAGGGGAGGAAGAGGAGAAAGAGGGGAAAAGAGAAAGAGGAAGAGGAAGAGGAGAAGGAGGUGGAGGAAAAGAAAGAGGAGGAGGAAGAGGAGGAGUAAGAGGAGAAGGAGGAAGAGGAGGAUAAGGUGGAGGAAGAUGAGAAAGAAGAGAAGGAGGUGGAGGAAGAGAAAAAGGAGGAGGAGGAGGAGGAAGAGAAAGAAGAGGAAGAGGAGGUGGAGGAAGAGAAUGAGCAAGAAGAGGAAAAGGAAGAGGAAGAGGAGGAAGAGGAGAAGGAGGUGGAGGGAGAGAAAGAGGCGGAGGAAGAGGAUGAAAAAGAGGAGAAGGAGGUGGAGGGAGAGAAAGAAGACGAGGAAGAGGAAGAAGAGGAGAAGAAGGUGGAGAAAGAGGAGAGGGAAGUGGAGGAAGAAAAAGAGGAGGAGGAAGAGAAGAAGAAGGUGGAGGAAGAAAAAGAGGGGGAGGAAGAGAAAGAGGAGAAGGGGGAAGAGGAGAAAGAAGAGAAUGAGGUGGAGGAAGAGAAAAAGGAAGCGUAGAAGGAAGAUAAAGAGAAAUAAGAGUAAGAGGAGAAGGAGGUGGAGGAGGGGAAAGUGGAGGAAGAGGAAAAGGGAGAGGAAGAGGAGAAGGGGGUGGAGGAAGAGAAAGAGGAGGAGGAAGAGGAGGUAGAGAAUGAGGAAGAGGAAGAGGCGGAGGAGGAGGAGGAAGAGGAUGAAGAAAGUAAGGAAGAGAAAGAAGAUGAGGAAGAGGAGGAAGAGGAGAAGAAGGUGGAGAAAGAGGAGUGGGAGGUGGAGGAAGAGAAAGAGGAGGAGGAAGAGAAAGAGGAGGAGGAAGAGGAGAAGGAGGUGGAGGAAGAGAAAGAGGAGGAAGAGGAGAAGGAAGAAGAAGAGAAAGAAGAAAAA